AUGUUACAGUGCGUGAGUCCGUCGGAUUUUGAUAUUGUACGGAAGUACGGCUGCGCAGUCAUAGAUUGUAGUUGGGCACGAUUGGAUAACACUCCCUUCAACAGAAUGAAGACAUCUCAUCCUCGCAUACUGCCAUUCUUAGUCACUGCAAAUCCUAUAAAUUAUGGAAAGCCUUAUCAGCUGAGUUGUGUAGAAGCUAUAGCAGCUACUCUAAUUAUAACAGGAUUUCCGAACGAGGCCGAGCUUCAUCUUGGAAAAUUCUCAUGGGGACAUUCGUUCUUGGAGCUGAACAGCGAACUGUUGGAAAAGUACAAUCUUUGCACAAGCAGCGAAGAAAUAAUUACGGCACAAGAAACGUACCUAAAGAAAGCCUGGCAGGAAAAAUUAGAUAGGCUUAGUCUUCCUGAUUUUCCUGAAAACAAUACGGAAUCUGAAGAAGAGGAAGAAGAGAAAGACAAAUAUAUAGUCUUAAAAGUAACUGAGGACCUAGGUGAUAUAAAAGUAUAA